AUGAGCGACGUUAACAUCGAUAUCGAUAACAUUAUCGAAAGGCUCCUUGAAGUCCGCGGCUCCCGCCCUGGAAAGCAAGUGCAGCUAGCCGAACACGAGAUCAGGUUCUUGUGCACGACCGCACGCGAGAUCUUCAUGUCCCAGCCCAUCCUGCUCGAACUCGAGGCCCCCAUUAAGAUAUGCGGUGACAUCCACGGUCAAUACUACGACUUGCUCCGUCUCUUCGAGUACGGCGGUUUCCCUCCCGAGGCCAACUACCUCUUCCUGGGAGACUAUGUCGACCGCGGCAAGCAGUCGCUCGAGGUCAUCUGCCUGUUGUUUGCCUACAAGAUCAAGUACCCCGAGAAUUUUUUUGUCCUUCGCGGUAACCACGAGUGCGCCAGCACGAACCGUAUUUAUGGUUUCUAUGAUGAGUGCAAACGCCGCUACAACAUCAAGUUGUGGAAGACCUUUACCGAUUGCUUCAACUGUCUCCCCGUCGCUGCCAUUGUUGACGAGAAGAUUUUCUGUAUGCAUGGUGGUCUCUCGCCUGACCUGUUGAACAUGGAACAGAUCCGUCGCGUGAUGCGUCCUACCGAUAUCCCCGAUACUGGUCUCUUGUGCGACUUGCUCUGGUCGGACCCCGACAAGGACAUUACUGGCUGGAGUGAAAACGACCGUGGAGUCUCGUUCACGUUUGGACCAGAUGUGGUCAGUCGAUUCUUGCAGAAGCACGAUAUGGACCUUGUCUGCCGCGCGCAUCAGGUCGUCGAGGACGGUUACGAUUUCUUUGCCAAGCGUCAGCUUGUUACCUUGUUCUCUGCACCCAACUACUGCGGUGAGUUCGAUAACGCCGGAGCCAUGAUGAGCGUCGACGAGACCUUGAUGUGUUCCUUCCAGAUCUUGAAACCAGCGGAGAAGAAGCAAAAGUACUCGUACGGUGCUCUGGGCGCGGGGAGGCCGGUGACGCCCCCAAGAGGCAAGAAGAAGAAAGAGAUGGCCAAGGUCACAUAA